UUGUCUUUUCGUCGCAAACUGUGGCUCUGGCUCCCAUUAGUAGAGGGCGUUCAGUUCGCUAAGCUGGGUUGGUCUGCGCACAGUGAAGAGGCGGCGACAUAUUUUGUGGCGCUCUGUCAUUGGUGGGUUCCCUCAUCAUAUAUGUCUAAUAACAUGUUGCGUUCGUUAUUCUUUGCAUGACGCAGGUUCUCUCGAGUGACAUCCGUUUACUGCAGACUGAAACGUUUCGAAAUAUGUCAGAACGUCUGGUUCAGGUUCUUCGACUGUAUGUUGGGUGAAUCACAGGUUUGUUGCCGAUGGGAAAAUAUUCCGAAUAGAUUGUCAUGUGAGAUUAUAUGCUGAGGUUUUGGGCUACUGAUGAUUGCCAGACGCUCAAUGACGUCAAUCAGGAAAAUGACACACCAUGGACAAACUAUUUGCAAGUUUAUAGCGCUUUGCGGGACCGAGGCUACAGCAGCAGGGAAACAGCUGGAUGUUUAUCUAUACCAUAACAUUUCAUAUUUUUCGAAACUAUGGAGGAAAAAAAUGGGCACACAUGUGCGGCUGCUGGUUGAAAUCCAACUUGCGCAGAUUGCUAUCAAAUCGGAUUAGGCUACGGGCUACUGAUUGCUGCACGCAACCCUUUUUGCCGCGAGUGGACUUAUUUUUGUGACUCUAUGCCCGUUAAAUUAUAUAUUAUAAAAAUUACUUCAAGAAUAUGACAAAAUGAUUUCGCAAACAAACAACCCAACCCAUAAAAUAAAGUUUUAACUGAAUUCUGUUUUUUUUAACAAAUUGAUAGAUUGAUAGACUGGUGCUGGUGGAGUGGUGGUAGACUGGUAGGUAAUAAAUGAAAAAAAAUGAUUGACCAGAUAGAUUCAUCUGAAGUUCAAACUCAAAAUAAAAUGAUAUUGUGUGGAAGAAGAAAAACUGGCCAUGCCAACAAGUUGGAACUUUUCUUUGUCUAUGGAGGAUACACAUUUCUUCUGUGAAAAUGUUUAGCGUAUUACACAAAUGUCUUUUUCUUAAAAGUGCUAUCUGCGUGCAGGUGAGUAAGAAUCAGGCUACAUCUAUUUGUUUGAUGGCAGAUGGCUGUUUUCAGAAUUUUAUCUGAAUCGAUGACUAUAUUGGAGACCAUGAGACCAAUUCAGGUAUCACCUAAAUGGCCGUGAGAUGCAAAAAAGAAGCCUUUCAUGUGGAGAUGUGUUAACUAUACCAAGGGGUAGGUGCAACUGAAUUUGAUCCAACGGGUAAUAGCUUUGCGAGUUGCGAUGCCGUUCAACCCCUCCCCCCGGCCCCGUAGUGCGUUACAUGCAGGCCCAAAUAUGCACCAAUAGCCUCACUUCAAAUAGGUACAACUGGGUUUAAAAAGCAGUCGUCUCAGUACUUGAUACCAACAGUUGAACUGCAGAACUGUAGUUGAACUUAUCUCGAUUGAUAGCUGCUCAUCGUUUUUAAGGUGGAAAAUGCAAAUGAAAGCGGCGACAAUUCUGACUGUCCUUUGGUCCUUCUGCUGGAUGAUCCAAAGCAUCGCAGGCAACCCCGUUAUUCAUAAACCAUCAGAAAUGAGACAAUCGGCGGGAUACGGACCCCCACUGACUGAAGCUGAGUUCAAUUGCAUACCAACGUUCGGUAAAUCGGCAACCCACCACAAUUAUUCCCUGGGAAAUGAUAUCAUGCCGUUUCCUGGUAAACAUGCCAAGUUGAGGUCAAAAUGGCCCAGUAAUUUCAUCCCCUACGAAAUCGACUCAACUUUUGAUGCGAAAGGUCGGUGCGCAAUUGCCAAUACCAUGAACGCAUUUCACAAGCACACAUGCAUCCGAUUUUAUCCGCGAAAAGAUGAAGUCGACUACGUUCAGAUCAACAGAUUGAACGAGACCGGUUUUAGGUGUUAUACAUUGGGUAUCGGUUACUCUGAAAAAAUAGGGGCCCACACGGUCUACCUUACCCCGGCCUGUUACAAUUCGGAAACGGGCACCGUGGUGCACGAGCUUAUGCAUCGCGUCGGCUUUAGACACGAACACACUCGUCCUGAUCGCGACAAUUAUAUUAAUAUUAUUUGGGCAAACAUUGAUCCGAAAGGGCAUGCACAGUAUUCUAUUCCAACUGAUUCAGAACUAAUUCUGAGUUACGACUACGGUUCCGUGAUGCACUACCCAUUGGGUGAUAGCAUGACAGCCAAAAAUAAUGUCAAACUUGCCAAAAUAGGACAGCGAUACGGUUUAAGUAAGCUGGACAUUAUGAAACUCAACCGGAUGUACUGCUAAUAAGCUGUAAACAGCGUCUCGUUUUUCGCUUCUUGCCGACUGCAACGAUACAAGAAUCUCGAUUGAAGACGUCAUCAUUCCCCAAAUAUCUAUUUGUUUGUGCAUGUUUUGUUAAACGUCACAUAUACAAAUCUUUAUGGCAUUCCUAAUUUUACCAUGUUUUUUGGUGCAGGGUUUUUUCGCUUUUUACUUGAAUCUUUCUUUCCUUUUACGCACAAAUUCUAAAUGUAUCUGUAAUACAUGGACGAAGUGAUUGGCUGCACUUGA